AGAAUUUAAGAUAUACAAUAUUGGAAUAAUAAUAAUAAUAGUAAUCAUGAUUGGUAGCGAUAAAUAUACGUGGUUAUUACUUAUCACCAUCUCGACAUUAUUUGUUGAGCGGAUAGCGGUCAGUGAAGUGGACAAUGACGAACCAAUACCGUCCUCUUUAUAUGGUCCGAAUGAUCAUAUAACUGUAUUAAAUAGUGAUAAUUUCGACAAAAAAGUGUACAAUACAAAUCAAGUUUAUUUCGUGGAGUUUUUCUCGAGUUGGUGUGGUGCUUGUAUUGGAUACGCGGAAACAUACAAACAGCUUGCAAAACAACUACUACAAUGGAAACCUAUGGUUCAGAUUGCAGCCGUAGAUUGUGCUAUCGAUCAAAAUUUAAAAUUGUGUCGCGAGCAUAAUGUUGAUGCUUUUCCAACUAUCAAAUACUUCAAAUAUAUGUCAACGAGUGUAAAUGACGCUGUAAAAUAUGCAGGAAAUAAGCAUAACUUAAAUGAAGUGGCAUUAGAUAUUGCCGGAAUGGUGUAUAAUGACUGGAUAUAUCAAAGGCCUGCAGAAUGGCCAAAUUUUCAGACUAGUGAUAAUUAUGUCAGGCUUGAAGAUAUUUUACCCACAAUACCCCCGAUUGCUUCGUUGUUAGCUCUGAUCGUUGAAGACAAUCCUUCAAGGACAGCUUGGGCGGAAAUGAUAGCAUUUGCCAACGAUAAACGAGUUUACAUAGCGCAAGUACAACGUAAUAAUCCAAUAGCAUGGCAGUUUGGUAUUACAGCAGCAUUAGGAACUUCGCGAUUAUUUCUACUGAAGAAAGGCCAACCAACUCCGCUUUAUAUUUCUAUGGAACAUGAUACUUGGCUUCAGAUGCAAAAUAAGAUUAAUGAGCAUGUGGCACAAAUUCCCAUGAUAGAACCAUCUAUUCCUCAUCAGAAUGAAGUGCUACGAGAUAUGAAAACAAUCGAUGAUGCGAAGCUGGUGGUUACUUGGAGUCAAUUUGAAGUGCAAAUGAUGGAUAUCAUAACUGCGCUUCGUUAUAUGUUAACGGCUGAAAUACCGAGGAAGUCUCUGAUUAAAGAUGAAGAUCUUACAGCAUUGAAAUUAUGGGUUCAUGCGAUGAAAAAGUAUAUGCCGGGAACAAUUCCUAUGCGAAAGUUGUUGUAUAGGUUAGAUUAUUGGCUUAAAAAUGUAUCAACUGAGCUCACUUCUGAACAGUGGCUAUAUCAAGUAAAGGUUAUCCAGGAUCAGUUAGGUCAACCACUUCCAAGUACAAGCAAUUAUAUGGCUUGUCGUGGAUCAAAACCUCAUUUGCGAGGAUUUCCUUGUGGAAUAUGGACUAUAAUACAUGCGAUGAGUGUUCAGGCAUAUAAAGUUGAGAAAGACGACCUGAAUUUCAAUGCUAACAACGAUCUGAUCGAACCAUUCCAUCGAUUUAUAUGGCAUUUCUUCGGCUGCAUCGAAUGCGCGACUCAUUUUCAUGAAGGAAUUUUGAAGCGAAAUAUGACUGCAGUUAUUACGCCGGCGGAUGGCAUAAUGUGGUUGUGGAUGACACAUAAUAUCGUCAACAAAUAUAUUACCGGCAAAGCAUCAGAAGAUCCGGCCUUCCCGAAACAGCAAUUCCCACCAGCAUCGUUAUGUCCAAAAUGUAGGAGACACGAUAUUGAAUUUGAUAGCGAAGCUGUAUUGGAUUUCAUGAUCAACUAUUACAAUGACUUUAAGAUCGAUGGUCUUAGAUCUGUGCCUGGUUAUAAAGUGAGUGAUUUUGACGACGGCAAAUUGGUAGCUGUUGAAAUGAGGCAUUUAAAUCCAAAAUUACAAAUUGGCGCAUUCAAUGUUGACGCCAUGGAAAAAGCUGAUCAGAAGCUCAUCGGAGACAUACCUGUAUGGGGAACUGACAUCGGAGCUCACGGCCGUAGGUAUUAUGGUGGAUCAUCAGUGAAACGAUCAUUUUCCGUGUUGUGGCUGUCGGUCAUCGCUAUGGUACCCAUGGUCUUCGAAUUCAUCGCAAUUAGUGCCGAGAUUCGCGUUGUAAAUUUUAUUACUGAGAGAAAUUAAUUACUCCAAGGGAAAGAAUGAUCAAAUUGAAAUGCUUCAAAGUAUUAACGUGUGUUCAUCAUGUGCAAUGUGGUGAUGAUGGUACUGAUCAUUUUGUUUCUUUGCAAAAAGGUUGUGAUCAUUUUUAGAAAGGCGCACAGUCGUUCUCUUCAACUGUCAUCAUUCACGAUUAUUUAUUCUAUGUUUUCGAUACUACUGACAGUUGUCUAAUUCAUUCAUUAUUUAUCAUUAUUAUUUCGCAUACAUUGACACAGUUUUUACGUUAUUUCUCGUUGUUUGGUGUACCUUUGUUCUCAUACGCUCCUUCGCACGUGAGCUUUUUUCCCGUUUCACCGUGCAUGCUUUCUCUUUGAUGUUAAUCAUUUACCGUAGCUAGAAGUACGGGGUUCAGCAGGUGUCUUGCUAAAAAAAAACGUAAUUUUUGUUUAGUAAAGUGACGGUUCUUUUUGACAGCAUUUUGCAACGUCUUCCGAAGACUUCUAUAAGUAUGUCAAUUUUUGCGCUUUUUUCCUGUAUUAUUCUUAAUAAUACAUUUUCCUGUAUUAUUAAGUACCACACGUUGGAAUUCAACUCUGCCUUAUUUUUCUGUGAUCUGUUAAGCCCACUGAAACUAUAAAUUUAUCUAUCUUUCUCUUUUUUCUGAGAUUCUCUACGUGAGCG